CGACGGUUGCCGUAGCUACGGAAGCCGGAUUGAUGGACGCAUAGCUUCGGCUCGACAACAACAAAUAUUCGCUCGUCAUGGCUGCACACCUGAAGAAACGAGUGUACGAGGAAUUCUCCAAAGUUGUUCAGAUUCCUCAUGAAGAAGUUCCGGCCAAGAAGCUCCGUCUGUCCAAACCCAGCAAGUCUGCAGCACUGCAUGUUGACCUCUGCAAAGCCACCAACUCCACUGAUGCGCUGCAGUACCUGCUGCAGUUCGCCCGCCAGCCAGUAGAGGCUGAAAGUGUGGAGGGUGUGGUCCGGAUCCUGCUGGAGCACUACUAUAAAGAGACUGAUAACUCUGUGAGGCUAAAGAUUGCCUCCCUGCUGGGGCUGCUGUCCAAGACCCAGGACUUCCACCCAGAUUGCAUCGUAGAUGAUGUGGUCAACAUCAUUGGAAACGAGAAGUCUCACCAGGUUCUUGCUCAGCUGCUGGACACACUGCUGGUCAUCGGGACCCAACUUCCCGACAGUCCAUCUGUCAGACAGAGACUUGUGGAUGUGGCCUGCAAGCUGCUGUCUGACACUUACUUCGGGGUGAGGAACAAGUGUCUGCAGCUCCUCGGGUAUCUCGGUGUGAUGGACGCCGCUCUGACCAAAGACAGCGAUGGACCUGGCACAUCCUCAGCAGGAGUGAGGGAUGUACAGAGCAUCAUCAGCGACUACUUUGGGGAUCAGGAUCCAAGAGUGCGGACGGCAGCACUCAAAGCUAUGCUCCAGCUUCACGAGCGAGGAAUGAAGAUCCACCAGAUCAUCUAUGAGCAGGCGUGCAGGUUGCUGGCUGAUGACUACGAGCAGGUCCGAUCUGCUGCCGUGCAGAUGGUUUGGGUCCUCAGCUUGUUGUAUCCAGAGAGCAUUGUUCCGAUCCCGUCGUCCAACGAAGAGAUCCGGCUGGUGGACGAUGCGUUUGGGAAGAUCAGCCACAUGGUCAGCGACGGCUCUUGGAUGGUGCGAGUACAGGCAGCCAAGACUCUGGGCUCCAUGAAGCUGGUCAGUCAUCACUUCUUGGAGCAAACUCUGGACAAGAAGCUGAUGUCAGACCUCAGGAGAAAGCGAACCGCUCACGAGCGAGCCAGGGAGCUCUUUGCCUCCGGAGAGUUCUCCUCUGGACGGAAGUGGGCUGACGAUGCUCCCAAAGAGAAACUGGACACCAACACAGUCAACCUGAUUGCCUCUGGCGCCUGCGGAGCCUUCGUUCACGGCCUGGAGGACGAGAUGUUUGAGGUGCGCAUCGCUGCGGUGGAGGCCUUGUGUCAGCUGGCUCGGUCCUCUCCCAGCUUUGCUGAAAAGUGUCUGGACUUCCUGGUGGACAUGUUCAACGACGAGAUCGAGGAAGUGCGGCUGCAGUCUAUCCACGUGCUGCGAGAGAUCUCCACUCACAUCACCCUCAGAGAGGACCAGCUGGACACAGUGCUGGCUGUGCUGGAGGAUUCAUCCCGGGACAUCCGAGAGGCUCUGCAUGAGCUGCUGUGCUUCACCAACGUCUCCACCAAAGAAUGCAUCCAGCUGGCUCUGUUGGAGCUCCUUAAGAACCUCAACAAGUAUCCGUCAGACCGCAACUCUGUGUGGAAGUGUUUGAAGUUCGUGGGUUCCCGUCACCCUACCCUGGUACUGCCACUGGUCCCGGAGCUGCUCAGCACUCACCCGUACUUCGACACACCAGAACCAGACAUGGAUGAUCCGGCCUACAUUGCUGUCCUGGUGUUGGUCUUCAACGCGGCCAAGUCCUGCCCUACCAUGCCGGCGCUCUUCUCCGACCACACCUUCAGACACUACGCCUACCUGAGGGACAGCCUGUCCCACCUGGUGCCCCCGCUCACGUUGCCAGGCAGGAAGCAGGUGUUCGGGUUGGACUCGGUGGGCUCCGGUUCUGCUUCAGGUUCUGUGGAAUCGGCCCAGGUCUUCCUCCAGCAGAGUCUGAACAGAGUCAGCGCCAUCCAGACUCUGGAAGCUCCUGGAGCCCAGGACCUGCUGGUCUUCACCAUCCGGGACCUGCAGAGACUCGGGGAGCUGCAGGCAGAACUGGCCGGGGCUGCUGACUUCUGCGCCACAUACCUUCACUGCCAGCUGCUCCUCAUGAAGGCGCUGCAGGAGAAGCUCUGGACUAUGGCUGUCCCUCUGUGCCUCAAACAGAACCUCACAGCGACGGCGGCGACCCAGCAGAUCCUGGAGGAAACGUACAAGCUGGAGUUCAUGUACGGAGGGCUGGAGAACCGACAGCUGGCCACCAUCCAUCACAUGCGUCUGCAGGCCAAAGCGCUACAGCUGGUCCUGAACGCCCGCAGCCGCCAGGGGCUGGACGUUCUGAUCAGCAGCUGCGAGAAGUUCCUGCAGGACAUCGAAUGCUUUCACAGGAUGUUUCUGACGGAGCUCCCGCACCUCCAAGGCACGUUUGUGGAGAAGCUGCUGGAGCUUAUGCCCCGUCUGUCGUCCUGCGAGCCGGUGGAGCUGGUGAAGAUCCUGCAGACCACGCUACGGCACAGCGGGCUCCUGCAGCUGAGCCUCCCACCGCAGAUCCACCGGGCCACGGCCAACAUCAUUGAGCCCACUGGAGAGUCGGACAACCCGCUGCGGUUCACAUCCGGCCUGGUGGUGGCGCUGGACAUCGACGCUACUCUGGAGCACGUCCAGGAUCCGGAGUCCACCAUCAAGGUUCAGGUCCUGUAUCCCGACGGACAGAGUCACGUGAUCCAUCCAAAACCCAGCGACUUCCGAAAACCCGGACCGACCCGACGGCGACUCAUCACUCAGGUCUACCUGUCGCACACGUCCUGGACCGAGCCGUCGCAGAUCGAAGUGCGCCUCCUGCUGGCCUACUCCUCCUCCUCCCCCUCUUCGGCCCCUAAAUUCAGCUGGAGCGACAGCACCGACGCCCUCCAGCCAACAGAGGCCGCCGUGGAGGGAACCAUCCCGUUCAGCAAACCUGUGAAAGUCUACAUCAUGCCCAAACCCGCGCGACGAUAACAGCAACUUGUUUUCCGAUUUUUACUGUCAACUUAUUUUCGACUGCAGCAAAUAAACAAC